AUGAAUUUCUCAUCAGAGAGAAGAGUCUCUUGUCUUCCUCCUUCGUACGGACAACUUGUGACGAUUCUUAGCAUCGAUGGUGGUGGGAUCCGUGGGAUCAUUCCCGGUACCAUCUUAGCUUACCUCGAAGCACAACUCCAGGAGUUGGAUGGUGAGGAGGCAAGGCUUGUGGAUUAUUUCGAUGUCAUCUCCGGGACAAGCACAGGAGGUUUAAUAGUAGCGAUGCUGACCGCAGAGGACAAAGACGUCAAAAGUGGCCACAACCGCAACCGCCCUUUGUUUGCGGCCAAAGAAAUCGUCCCUUUUUAUCUCAAACAUUCUCCUAAAAUCUUCCCACAACGGCGAGGGGUGUGUAGUUGGGUUCAAACCAUGAUGAGACUUGUACGAGGACCAAAGUAUAACGGAAAAUACCUUCAUGAAGUAAUCCAAGGUUGCUUGGGAGACACGAGACUGACUCAAACUAUGACAAACGUUGUCAUACCUUGCUUCGACAUCAAGAAACUCCAACCAGUUAUCUUCUCUUCUUACCAGGCGGUGAAUCAUCGAGUUAUCGACGCAAAACUAUCAGAUAUAUGCAUAAGCACAUCAGCGGCACCAACUUAUUUCCCGGCUCAUCGAUUUACUAACGAAGACAAUGAAGGAAAUAAACAUGAAUUUAACCUCAUUGAUGGCGGUAUCGCUGCCAAUAACCCGACGUUAUGUGCGAUUGCUGAACUGACAAAGCAGAUAGUGAAGAAGAAUCCAGCAAUGGGAGAGAUUAGCCCAUUGGAUUAUACAAGAUUUAUGGUGAUAUCACUAGGGACAGGUUCAAUUAGGAACCAAGAGAAGUAUAAUGCAAAAAUGGCGUCAAAAUGGGGAAUGCUAAGUUGGAUCUAUGAAAAUGGUUCGACUCCAAUUCUUGAUUGUUACAAUGAAGCCAUUCACGAUAUGGUUGAUUACCAAAGCUCUGUCGUCUUUCAAGCUCUUCGUUCCGAGAACAAUUAUUUACGUAUCGAUGACGAUACGUUGAAGGGUGACUUAAGUUCAACUGACUUAUCGACAAAAGAGAACAUGGAAGGUCUUAUUCAAGUUGGUGAAGCUUUAUUGAAGAAAAAUGUUUCUCGUGUCAAUCUCGAAACCGGCCAUUACGAACCCAUCUCUGACCACGUAACCAACGAAGAAGCUCUCAAAAGGUUUGCAAAGGUUCUGUCAGAAGAAAGGAAACUCAGAGAAUCAAGAUCUCCUAAACUUAAGAUUUGA